AUGUCUGUCCCGACCUCUACGCCCCGUGGCUCCGCUCCAAUCUCCUCCCAGUCACCCAUCACUGCCUCCGUGGUCAAGUUUCGUUGUUUAUACACCCACGACUUGCGCCGCAAGUCCAAACGAUGGCAGGAUGGCUACCUUCGUUACCAUGCCUUCAACAAACGGGUGAUGGUCUACGAUGAAUCUGGUAACUACAUUGGGGAUCACCAUUGGCGAUCGACAGAUGAGGUACAAGAUGGCGAUGAGUUGGAACUCGAUAAGGGCGUUUUGAUUGAAGUCGGCGAGCGCAUGGGCACAACACAGCAGGAUCUCACCAACUUGUUCGAAAAGAGAAAAUCCAGCCAGACCUCCCCUCCCUCGAAUAACUCCCAGACGCGUCCUACACCCACGCCUACCCAUGCGCCUGCGCCUACACCUAUCUCUACCUCCACCUCCGCUCGACCCUCCGGUUCGCAGACGUUUCGCUCUCUCAAUGACCUUCUUGGCAUCAAACGAACCCCAAUUGGCUAUCGUCCAUCUCCGUACGAAGAACGUCAUCCUCAACCUCCAACGCCAAGCCUCCCCGAUCCCUCUGAACGAGCUCCCAAACGGCCGAGAGUCUCGGCGGGAACCACCCCAGCCCGAAGCAGGAACGUACAAUCUGAGGUGGUGGAUCUGACAGAGCCGGAACCACGACAACCUACGAGACCGCCGAGUCUUCCUGCACCUCGGAAGAAAACGAAACUAUUAGAGGACGCGAGGCCGAAUAUACCAAUGCCCGUCGAGGAACCACAGCCGAAAUCGCAGCCGAAACCGCAGUCGAGACCUAUAGAAGCACCCCCAAUACCCAAACCUUCAAGACAAGAACCCCCGAAACAAGAUCCUCCGACCUUUACAGGACCAUCCAUACACCCACCAACAGAAACGACACAUCAACCGAAAUCAAUUCCUGUCCCAGCGGAGGAACCGCCUGUCGAUUCUCGAGCGGCGCCCCCCCAAACCGCCGAACUCCUACGACCCCCUACAUAA